AUGGACACCAUACCAUGGAACACCCUGCCAGAUCAUGCUAUCAUCACAAUACUGUCCUACCUCAGCCGGGAGGACAGUGCUAGAGCGGGCACCACCUGCACGACAUGGCACCGUUGUUACAGAAGCCCACAGCUCUGGCACACCUCAACCCUCAACUUCCAGCAACCUCGCGACGGCAAGUCUCUCCUGUGGCUCGCCCAGUUUGCCCAAAACAUGAGGACUGUGCGAGUCCUGUUAAACCAGCAUGAAACGGAGAAUAGACGCAAUGCCUGCGAAGCUCUUGAUAUACUCUCCAAUGCCGAGGGAAGACAGUUGAUGAAGUUGUGUAUUGAGUUCACGGGAGACAACCCGCUCUUCUUAAAUGGCCAGGAUUUUGUUGAUGCUUUGAAAGCAUUAUUUGACCGCCACGUGGACUCUACCCGGUGGCAAUUAAAACACGUGCAGCUUAGUGGUCUGGCAGUGUCGUAUGACACCACUGUCUUUGACUCAUUGUCGGAAAACAAUCCUUACUGCAAUUUCUAG